GGGGAGUCAGCGCGCGCGGAAGAGCCCGAGAUGUUUAGUUGCUUGGAGCCCGCGCUGUCGCAUAUGCGUCUAGCGCCGAUCGAGAUGGCGAGCCUGUCCAAGGACGCGGUCGUCAAGAGCGCCCUCGUGAUCUACCUCCACGGGGGCAAGAGCACGUUCGCCGCAACGAUGGUCGACAGCGCUGGCGGCGAGGUCAUGCAGGCGUUGAUGUGCUUGCACACGGUCGGCGGGGCUACGGCCGACACUUCGGUCCCGGGGCAGAUGGACAUGUUCGCCAAGUCAAAGUACUCUCCACCGCUGAAGUUCUGGAACCCUGUCAUUGUGGACCACAAGAAGCCACCCGCAGAGCAUGCGAUCAAUUUAGAUGCGACGCCGCAGUGCCUCGCCGACGUGCACGCGAUCGAAAGGGCAUUGCCGCCGUCCGAGGUCGCGCCCUGCGACGCUUGGCUCAAGGGAGUCGCCGACGCGCACCUGGCAACGGCGACGCAGCUUCUGUCGCAAGGUCUCGCGGCCCCAGUGCAACCCGACCAAGCAGAGGCAGUCGUAAAGUUGGCGCUGGAGGUCUUCGGGGCGAACGCCAAUUUGCGGAACCCGCUCGCAACCGUGCGCGCCGCCAAGCCGGAGAGUCAUGGACACGCACUGUUGGGGAAUUUCGCACAGGGCAUCGGCGCAUACAACGCCGAGAGCAAGCGUUUGCAGCGCGUUGCCGCGAUUUUUGGCAUGCUCGAGGGGCCUCGCGAGCUUGCCGCGAAAGCUGCUAUCGACAGGAUCCGCGGCUUCACUGAGGCUGCCUUGGAUGCCAUCUUAGAGAAGAGGGGCACCUGGAGAACGUGUCGCAGUAACUCCGACGUCGAGACCGCCUGGAUGUGGAUCAACUGCGCGCCCCCAUGGGUUCCGAGUGUCUUUUGGGGCCGUUUCGCCAGCUCCUUACUCGACAAGACAAGGAUCUACCACGCGCUGGCGCGAUUGUACCGUGACCUAUUUGGGGGGGCCGACGUUCUCAAGGAUCACCUCGCCGACGUCCCUCCUCACGCAGCGAGCGCCAUCCUGGGUUCGCUCGACCAGGCGCCCAACGGGAAGAACGCAGACAUGGGCGCAGAGGCGAAGCUCAUCGACGACCUGUUCAUCGAGGGCUUCGAGCCUGCAGCAAUCGAGCUUAAGGCUAUGCUGUUCGACCAG